AUGGCUGAUCAUGAAAGAGGGGACAAUGCUGAACUGGUUUCUGGAAAUGGCAAGAAAGAAGCAAAGUCCAAGAUGCCAGACUGGAGCAGGUUUGGUCUCAGCAAGGACCAGCAGGAAGCUUCACAACCCAAGUCAUACAGUUCCACUGAUGCCACGGCAGAGGCAGGUUUUCAUGCUGGUGAUGUAGCCCAGCAGAAUGAACUGUUUCGGGAGCAGGAGGUAUCCCAACAGCCUUGGUGGAAGUCAAACUUCUUCAUCUCCCAGCCUGUCCUGUUUGGCACCUGGGAUGGUGUGUUCACCUCCUGUCUGAUCAACAUCCUCAGUGUGGUCAUCUUCCUAAGAAUGGGCUGGAUUGUGGGGAAUGCAGGAAUUUGGCUGUCAGUGCUGACCGUCUUCUUCUCCAUCUCCGUGGUUCUGAUCGUAGCACUCAGCGCUAUUGGAGUCUGUGAAAGGUGUAAGUUUGAAAGUGGAGGAGUCUACUUUCUGGUCGCUCACGUCCUGGGAAGUCGAAUCGGGGCCAGUGUUGGCAUCAUUUAUUGCUUUGCUCAGGCUGUGAGCUGCUCUCUAAGUGUCAUGGGUUUCGGGGAAUCCAUCAUGAACCUCAUCAGCCAACAGAAUCCAUGGAUAGCCAGGGGCAUAGCCUUUGGUAUAGUGAUCCUAUUGCUAGGUGUCAACAUGGCUGGCGUCAAAUGGGUGAUCCGACUUCAACUACUACUGCUGCUGGUUCUGUUUUUGUCCAUCAUGGAUUUACUUGUGGGUUCCUUUGUACACACACAACCAGCUGUUGGUGUCACAGGCUACAGUGAUGUCAACUUCCUCAACAACUCUGGGCCAGAAUUUGUCAGUGGGGAGAAUUUCUUCACCAUUUUUGGUCUGUUCUUCUCCACCGUGACCGGCAUCCUUGCUGGCAUCAACAUGAGCGGAGACCUCAGAGAUCCUUUCCACAACAUCCCCCAGGGUACACUGGCAGCUCUUGGAGUCGGAACAUUUCUGUGUAUAUCCAUCAUUUUGGUGCUUGGAGCCACCUGUGUCAGGACAGUUUUGAUUGCUGACUAUAUGAUAGCAGAAAAGGUCUCAAUAGUUGGUGUGCUGUGGCUUGCCGGUCUCUACAUCUCCUCUGUGUCCUCCUGUAUGGGCAGCUUGUAUGGGCCUCCCAGGAUCCUCCAGUCAAUUGCCAAUGAGAAUGUCGUCCCCAUCAUCAAAGUGCUGGGACACGGGCGAGGGCCGAACAAGGUUCCAGUUUUUGCUCUGGUCGUCAUCACGCUGGUGGUUCUCAUCUUCAUCUGUGUCGGUGACGUCAACUCCUUGGCUCCCGUGGUUACAACUGCAUUCUUGUUUACCUAUGCUGCCGUUGAUUACUCCUAUUUUGUACUGGCCAUGAGCUACGAUAAACGACAGUCCAGGGAGGAGAGGUUUCAGGUCAAUGCCAGUAGCAAGGCUGUACAUAGAGCAAGUUCUGACAGUAUAACAUCUAAUGGAGUCACUACAAUCAGUGAGUAUACAAGCUAUAGAAAACCAAUAGAUGUGACUCUAAACAAAGAUUCCUUUGAGAAAUUUGCUGGGGACCUGGACAAACUGUUUCCUGAACGAUUGACUCACCGAGGUCAAAGGUUAGUCUCUGAACCUCAGACAGAGAGAGCCAAUACUCCGGAGGCUGAUUUUGACAUCACCAAGUCAAAAAUGGGGCCUGAAGAGGGAGCGCCUGGCUCACCUGAAGAUUUAGCAGACACAGCACAUUUAUUAGGUAUCAAGAGGUCUCCCAAUACAGAAAUUACCGAACAGCCGAGGUCUUGGUACUCCAUGUUAUGUAACCGUUGGCUGUCCCUACUGGGUACUGCAAUCUGCCUAGUCAUCUUAUUCAUUAUCCAGUGGAUCUUUGCGCUCAUUGAACUUGCCAUUUUCUUCCUGAUCUACUUCUACAUCGGCAGGGCAAGCCCUGGAUAUUUCCCAGGAAUUGCAGAGUUCAACUUCUACGAUUGGAUCAAGGAAUUGAUACACAGAUGCAGAAGUGGAGGGCUUCCAAAAGAACAUAUCAUUGUAGCACCUAGCACUCCUGCUGUGGACACACUCGCUGCUCAACUAACUGAAGAUAAUGCUGACUUCGCUAACAGGGGCCGCUACCACCAGUCUGAGGUCAUGCAGGGAGAGAACUUUGAUGACUACAACAGUGAAUAG